UUCUCGCACACGUGUAACUCGUACAAAUCAUAAGCGUCGAUUCGCACGAGCGUUAAUUCGUUCGUUACAAAAAAAACGUUUCAUUUUCUGCUUAAAUGAAAAGUCGAUCUAAUUCAAAUCGACGAUUUGCAAACAGACAACAAAAACCAGGAGCUUCAAAGGUUCGUGUGACUCGACAGCGCGGCUUGGAAACUGCAGCGAAGACGAAAUGAACGAGAGGCGAGGGUGAACAAAGAGACACUGGUCGGAUGAAGCCUCUUAAGAUGGAAGAACCAUCGAUUUUUUCGGGGGAUCGUAGACCACCCAAAUGAAUCAAGUUUUUGCUUCACUUCCGAUGCCGAACGAUUAGAACAAACUCAACAUGGGGUUUCAACGGGCCGGAUUAAUCAUAAUCAUGGGUACUUUAUUACCGUCCGUGCAAAUGGCUUUCAUGGAUUCUUUCCGCAGUAUUUUCCACUCGAGCAGGAAUGAACUGGACGACAACGGCAUAUUUUAUCCGAGCAUAGUAGACGGAGUUCGUAGACAGCAAACGAUUUCUUCCCAAGUCCCGUUUCCCUGCGAUAGGAAAUUAGGCAGAUCAUCGUCACCACCGGAUGAUGUUAAUCGUCUGAGACCCGGAGACAUUGACAUCGUCGGAGGUCUUGGCGAUUCUUUAGUAGCCGGAAGCGGAGCCCUCGAGGAAUUUGCUAUUGGGACUUUCAUCGAAGCUCGCGGCGUUAGCUGGUGCGCAGGUGGCCAAGGCAAUUGGAGAAGGUUUCUAACACUCCCAAAUCUGAUCAAGGAAUACAAUAAAAACCUCAUGGGCUACGCCACAGGAACGGGCGAAUUUAUAUCCGCGCACGCAGGAUUGAACGUCGCGUUUCCAGUUGCUGCGACCGAAGACGCGUUACAUCAGGCCCAGAUUCUUGUCAGAAGGAUAAAAAACAACCCACGAAUGAACUCGAAGAAACAUUGGAAGCUGGUGACCAUAUUUUUCGGUGCCAACGACAUCUGUUCGGCCCAGUGCUACAAUCCCAAGGCAUUCUCACCAGUCCGUUACGCUCUUCAUCUCCGACGAGCCCUGGAUUACCUUCGUGCAACGUUGCCACGAACUUUGGUGAACCUGGUCCCGGCAAUAGAUGUAACCGUUUCGGUGCGAGUCACUAGAAGUAUGAUGUGUGAUAUUUUGCAUCCCCUUUACUGCGCCUGUAUGCAUCAGGGAAACCGGCCUGAUAUUCAAGUAUCAAAAAUGGCGCGACUGUAUCAAGACGCUGCUGAAUCACUGGUGGCUUCGGGGAGAUACGAUACGACGAAGGAUUUCACAGUUGUAUUUCAGCCAUUUACGAAACUCUUCAAUGCCCCAAAUUCGGAUCCCCGACAGGCCUCACCGAUGGAUUCCAGUCUAGUAACUUACGACUGCUUUCACUUCAGCCAAAGAGGGCAUGCGCUUGGUGCCAAUCUCCUGUGGAACAAUAUGUUGGAGCCCGUUGGGAACAAAACGGACACGGGUCUGCCGGAAAUAAUGGAGAGAAUGCUGUGCCCAACCGAUAGCUCUCCGUACAUAUUUACGAAUGUAAAUUCACGGAUUUACCGUGAGACCGGAAGUCAAGAAGGGAUUGUUCCGAGAUAGCGAUAAGUAGAAUGCAAACAGAUCGAAAGUAAUGGUCUUUUCGCAUUUUUUUUUCGUUUCUCUCGAAAAAUUUGUGAUUAAUCGAAUGCGGACUCAACUGCAUGGCAAACUGAUUUGUCGAUAAAACUUCGCUGUUACCAACACGCGAUUAAAUUGUGUUCAGUGAAACAUUCUCAGGGCUAAGACAUUUUAGUACAGUGUAAUAUAUAUUCGUACACACACUCACACUCACACACACACGCACGCACACACACACACAUAUUGAAAAAAAUUAAAUCAAUGAAAGUGUACUUUUGAUUUUAGAGUCCGUCGUACACAUCGAGUCAUAAAAUACAUUUCAUAGCAUAUGAAUUUUUAACAGUCUCUGUAGUUAAUGCCUUUUUGAUGGAUAAUAGACGAUGACAAUACAUCGCAUCGAAUAAAUUGGCUUGAGCUUUCGAAUCGUACUGUGACGCAGUUGAGAAUCUUCUCGUAGCUUUUAACGACGACGAACAACUCGAUUUUUCAGUCGAUCAAAGUACCAACAAUAAUAAUACAGCUCUUGUUAUCGACACGUUCCUUACACUUGAGCGUUUAAUAAUACCUGCGUGUAAUUACUCAUUAUUUAUGUGUUAUCAAUUGUUCUCGAAUCACUAGAGAAUAAGGAGAAAAAGACUUGGUCGUGGAAGAACGUUACGAACUUCUGGAUAACGUUUUACGCCUACUUAAAAAUGCUAUUCGCAGGAGAUAUAUUUUUCUAAUACUUGCAAAUUUUUUAUUAGUUUUUAAGCUAAAGUUGAAACUUUCGUUCAUUUUGGGGGCUCUGAAUUUAAAACGUUCCGUGCUAGAAUAUCGCUGCAAGUAUUUCGAUUUAUCGGAUUUCUCGAAACUCGAAACUGUACAUUCCGCUGAUGACAGAAGCAUCAGUAGAAUAUUGUGGAGCAAAUUGUACAUCGAGCGAAUUAAAGCAAACCAUAAAAUGCUUUCGACGACCCGGUGUCAAUGGAAAUUCGUAGAACGCGAUACAUAAAAGGACAGAAAUCGGUAGACCGCAUCGGAAAAAAAAUCGUUUCAGUUUUCUCUUGAAGCUGAAACUUGAAGAGGAAUAAAAAAUUCGAGUCACUCGAACAAAAGUUGACGAAAGCUUUUUCCCGAUAAUAUUUCAAGUUAAUUCAAUAUUUUUAACUAAUUCAAUGCCAAAACACACUCGUAGCACUCGUAUGAAUGGGACAGAUUCCAUAAUAAUGUUCACAAAUGUUUCACAUGAAAAACGAACGUUUGAAUUGUUUCUCAGUUAUAAAAAAAGGAAUUCUCAUUAUAUUAUUGCGCAAAGAAUUUCUAGAUUGUUCGCAAUAUUGAUGUUUUUUUAUGGCAAAGUUGUAGAUUGGUAAUCAACUGUAAUGUAUCGUUGCCAGUCAAUAAUGCUCUUCAUCGAGGUCUAAGGUUGUACAGCGAUGAUUACAUAACUGGCAUGGACACAUUUGUACGUAUCUCAGAAGCCACGUAAUAAACAGCUCUUUCCGCGAUUGGACCAAA